CAUCAGUCCGUCCCCGCCGCCGCCCAGCCCCGUCCUGGCGCGGCGCUCCGGGCCCCGCCGAGCGCGCAGGUGCGGGCACCCCCGCGGGACCGGCAGCGGGACCGAGGAACGGCGCCGGCGGGUCUCUGGACAAAAUGGGGAAUGGAUCAGUGAAACCCAAGCACCUGAGGCAGCCGGAUAGACACAUAGCAAACCUCUCUAUUGGCUGUGCUGGCAACCGUAAGUUUUUGAAGGACACGAGUCUAGGCGUCAACGUGAUCAAUGGGCAAGCUGAUGUUCUUUGCAGCAGGCUGCUUGAACUGGAAAAGGAGCUGAAGAGAAAAGAUCAAGAGUUGCAAGAGGGUCAAAGUCGUGUUGCUGAGCUUCAGGAACAGCUGGCUAUGCAGACUAAGGUCAUCGCGGAACUCACCAAGGAACUUCAGAGCAAGUGUAUACAGCUGAACAAGCUGCAAGAUGUUGUUAGCACUCCAGGAGAGCACUUUCUUCAGCCCUCUCCACUUAAAGUGGCUUCAAAGAUUCAAGUCUCUGCUGAUAGGAGGAGAGGAGCCAAGGAAGGUGUAUCCGCAGAGCCGACAACACAGCUGUAUGAUUUGAACAGGCAAGCUAAGUUUUCCUUUGAAAAAGCAAGAGUCCGAAAGGAUUCCAGUGAGAAGAAGCUCAUCAUGGAUGCCCUGAAUAAAAAUCAGUUCUUGAAGAGACUGGAGCCUCACCAGAUCCGAGAUAUGGUGGAAUGUAUGUAUGAAAGGACUUUCCAGCAAGGGAGCUACGUCAUCAGGCAGGGAGAACCAGGCAAUCACAUUUUUGUGCUCAAAGAGGGCAGUCUGGAAGUCUUUCAGCAGAAUAAACUACUCUCCUCAAUACCUGCGUGGACAGCCUUUGGUGAACUAGCCAUUUUAUACAACUGCACGCGGACAGCCUCUGUGAAAGCAAUCACCAAUGUUAAAACAUGGGCAUUGGACAGAGAAGUAUUUCAAAAUAUCAUGAGAGUGACAGCACAAACAAGACAAGAGCAAUACAGAAACUUCCUAAGAAGCGUGUCCCUGCUGAAAAACUUACCUGAAGAUAAAUUAACCAAGAUCAUGGACUGCCUGGAGGUGGAGUACUAUGACAAGGGAGAUUAUAUUAUUCGGGAAGGAGAAGAAGGAAAUACCUUCUUUAUAAUAGCAAAAGGAAAGGUGAUAGUUACCCAGAGUACUGCAGAUCACUCGCAGCCUCAGCUGAUUAAAAAUCUGCAUAAAGGAGAUUACUUUGGAGAAAAGGCUCUCAUUAGUGAUGAUGUCAGAUCAGCAAAUGUUAUUGCAGAUGAAUACAAUAUGGAGUGCCUCGUUAUAAAUAGAGAGACAUUUAAUCAAACUGUUGGAACUUACGAGGAACUGCAAACUUACCUUGAAGGUUAUGUGGCUAAUUUGGCCCGGGCUGAUGAAAAGCGACAUGCAAAAGGAAGAUCCUUCUGUGGACAGUUGACCAAAGAGGUGUCUUUGGAGAUGAUAGAGCUGAAGGAGAAAGUAUCCCAGUUCUCUCCUUCCCCAUUCCAGAAUUUAGAAGUUGUCACAACUCUGGGUGUUGGUGGGUUCGGAAGGGUUGAGCUUGUUAAAGUGAAAAAUGAGAACACGGCUUUUGCUAUGAAGUGUAUAAAGAAGAAGCAUGUAGUGGACACCAAACAACAAGAGCAUAUCUAUUCUGAGAAGAAAAUCCUCGAGCAAAUAUGUUCUCCAUUCAUUGUAAAACUGUAUCGCACAUUCAAAGAUAGUAAGUAUGUAUACAUGCUACUGGAGGCUUGCCUUGGAGGGGAACUGUGGAGCUUGCUGAGAGACAGAGGCAGCUUUGAUGAAGCCACUACCAAGUUCUGUGUUGGGUGUGUGACAGAGGCUUUUGACUAUCUACAUCACGUAGGAAUUAUCUACAGAGACCUGAAGCCAGAAAAUUUAAUUUUGGAUGCUGAAGGCUAUAUAAAACUGGUUGAUUUUGGCUUUGCAAAGAAGAUCGGAUCAGGGCAGAAAACCUGGACGUUUUGUGGAACCCCUGAGUAUGUUGCCCCUGAAGUCAUUCUGAGUAAAGGCCAUGACUUUGGUGUGGAUUUUUGGUCCCUUGGGAUUCUUGUGUAUGAACUCCUUACAGGCAGUCCACCGUUCUCUGGGGCUGAUCAAAUGAUGACAUAUAAUUUGAUUCUCAAAGGCAUUGAAAAGCUGGAUUUUCCUAAAAUAAUAACAAGGCGACCUGAGGAUUUGAUUCGCAGACUCUGCAGGCAAAACCCUACAGAAAGAUUAGGCAAUCUGAGGAAUGGAAUUAAUGACAUCAAGAAGCACAGGUGGUUGAGUGGUUUUAACUGGGAUGGUCUGAAAGUGAGGAAAUUAACAUCGCCUUUGAAAAGAGAGUUGUCUGGACCGACUGAUUACAGCUACUUUGACAGCUACCCACCUGAAGAGGGAACCCCUCCAGAUGAACUUUCAGGCUGGGACAAGGAUUUCUGAUGUAUUUUGCUUCCAGGACAUUUAUAGAGUCUCAUAGGUGUCAGUUCUAAACCUGCUCUCUUGUUUCUUGCUUCAAAUCGAAUUACACAAGGUUUGUGACAAACACGAUGUUCGUUGAAGGAUAGAAGACUAUAGCAACCAGAACUUGUUUGGAUAAGGCACCAAAAUCUGCGUGCAUCCCGUUAUACCAAGGGCAUGCAUUUAGUCAGCAGAUGUAACCUGAGGGUUUUUUGAUACACAAUGUCUCUAUGAACAUUUUCAGACACUAUGGGAUCGGGUUUUGCCAGUGGAAAUAUCACUAGCUAAUAUUUUGAUAUUAACAAGGUUACCGUAUGUCUUUAUUUUGAACAGCGAGGAUGAAUACUGGAAGCCAAUAACUCUGUCAACUUUGUCAACUGCUGAUGCUACGUUUCUUUUUCAUUUUAUCUUAAGUCUGCUCUGUGUUUCGCUUUUUCCCCAUAAGGGCCAGUAUCGCAUUGAUCCAGAAGUGUGUAGAAAAGAGACUUUUACUGAAAGGUUGAUUUGAUAUGAUGCUGCAGCUAAAAGGUUAUCAAUGUGGAAGCUGUCUCUCUGUCGGUGUAGUUUUGCCCCAGGUUGAAUACAUGAGACAGGGUAUAGCAGGUGAAAUGAAAGUCCAGUACGGAAACAAGGUAUAUACAUAAUAAAAGUUGCCUGGAGAAGCAGACUGUGGUAUGUAUCUCCCUCACCGCUUCAAAGACCCAUGUCCAUUUCUUAAAAUGUUUUGCUUUUAUGUAGUGUGAAGAUAAAAGAUGGACAAAAAGCAUUUACCUUGCAGGAAAAAAAUAUGUAAGUAUACAAUCAUAUUUUUUCCUUCAAAUGUAUUUUCAGAUUGUUUUCACUGACAUUUUGUUGAAGUGCUACAUCUGUUCACAUCAGUGCUAAACUCCCGCCCAUUUCAAUGUUCCAGUUGGUAGCACUAGAUGUGAGCUAUCGUUUCAAAUCAUAUUUCAUCAGACAUCUUAUUAACAUGUAAUUAUUCUGAGUUUUAGUUGUAUAGAAGGGGAGAAUAAGAGAGCAAAAACUUGAUUUUUUUUUUUUUCCCUCUCGUAAGGAUUUCUAUUCAUGAAGCAGCUUAAAUGUUCUGUUUUCUUUUGACCACCUUCCCUUCUCUCUAAUGGCUACUACUGAGGUUUAGAAAGACAAGAAAUUCCAAGCUCCUCUCAAAAAUGAUAUAAAAAUACAAUUGUGAUUUGCAGCCCGAUUUUUUUGAGCCCUGUCUUCACCUGCUUUGGUACAAGCAAACAAAUUGCUAACCAGAACCGUCAAACAACCUGAGGGAGGGAGGCCAGCAAAUGGCUAAGUUAGUCAGGAGGCUGGCACGCGUGCCCUGCGAGGAAAGGCUGAGGAACCCGGGCUUGCUCAGCCUGGAGGAGGGAAGGCAUCGUGGGGACCGUACAGCAGCCAGCCAGCGCCUGCGGGGGGGUUACUGAGAAGACAGCGCCAGGCCCUUGAUGGAGCUGCACAGGAAGGAGGGGUUGUAAACUGGGACGGGAGAGGCGCCAACUUGACAAAUGGGAAAAAGUGUUUCCCCAGCAAAGCAGGAUCCCAGACAGGUUCUGCAGUCUCCUGCCUUGCAGGUUUUCAAGAAGGGACCAGACAGAGCCUCAAGCAACCCAAAAUGAAUUCUGUGUUGACUCUGCUUUGAGCAGGAGGUUGGGCUGGAGACCUCCCGAAAUCCCUCCCAGGCUGAGUGAUUUUAUAACUGUAGGAAUUAGCUUCAUCUGUCAGCCCUUUCUAUAAUCAGAAUAUAGAACAACGCGUGUUCCUGAUGAGUUUAUAUAUGCCUGGGCUUUGCCACUUAAGCUUUAAAUUAUUAGAACAGGGGAAUUAUUUUGAAAUGUUGUUGGGAUAAUAAAUGCAGUCUCAGAUGUUGUGCAUUCUUGGUUUAUAAAGAAGAAUUCUGUUGCGCUCUGUUAUGAAGCACAACUGCUGUAGCAGCAGGGAUGUUCCUGGGUGUCACGCUGCGCUUAGGAGAUGGAUGCAUCGUCAAGCCCUGCUAGGAUUUGUUUCAGCUCCCGCUGAGAAAAAAUCCAAUCUAAAUUUCGAUUUUGAAGCUGCCUCAGCACACUGUAUUUCACGUGCUGGAUGGAAAACCUCCCAGGCAACUUGUAAUGUGUGCUCAGGGUUUGGUUACCCACGACUGCUGGCUAGACUUCCUAGCUCCUGGUCACGACUUAUCCCAACUGGGUGAGCGAGGGGCUGCCGUAGGUGUAGUUCCAUGGUUUGUUCCAUGGUUUGUUCCAUGGU